AAGCGGGGGUGCAAAAAUCGUCUGCUCUUCAUCACCAUCAGUUCUGCUUGCGAUUUCCCGGCUUUCUCACAUAUAACGGUGAAGAGUUCUUUUGCGGUAGUCUAUUAAGAACUUUUUUAUUCUAUAUAUUCGGUACUGCGCUCGAUUGUUUCUGAUAUUGAAUUAUUAACCACCUUUUUUUUUAAAAAUUAUUUGUGAAUAAUUAUUUUUGAAUAUUUAUUUUUCUUUGGUAUUUUUUGUUAAAUCCUCAUAAAUAGUGUUGUGUUGAGAACUUGUAAUUCAAUAUGUUGAGUUGAAAUAAUAAUCCACUAAUAAAUAUGACUAUGAUGGAUUUAUAGGCUGUUGUGGUUUUCUUCAAGUCUCUAUAAAGAUGGAAUAUUUUAUUUUCGUUAGAAAUUUACACUCUUAUCAAGUCUAGAAGGUAGAAAAAAAAUAAGAGAUGUAAAAUUUUUGUUUUUAUUUGCUGUCUUAGUAUAAACAAACAAAAUUUCAUUCAAAUCUUUUUAGAACUAUAUGAUGGAUACUAGUUUUUAGUUUUUCUGUUUGCCAUAGUUCAAACUGUGUGUUCCUAGUGUCAAGGAUAUUUAUUCACGUUGCCACUUUAAUUGUGAAGAGUAGUUGGAAAUAAAAAAAUUUAAAAUAGUUCUAUAAAUUUUUAAAACGGCUUUCAGCAAAAUAAUGGAUCAAGAAAACUAAAAUUUUUAUUACAUUAUAACAUCAAGAAUGCUAAUAAGAUUAAUUAUUCCACUUUACAAGGAAAAAACUCGUUUGAAAACGAAUUAUUUGAAUUAUUUAUCGUCUCCAUAGUAAAAACUCACUAAAGAACGAACUUUUAAUUUUUUUUUCUUUAACUGUGAAUUAUAUUCAGAUGUUGAAAAACAUGCACAUUCUAAUGUAUAUGUGUCUGUGUCUGGAAAUCAUUGUUUUCAAAGUACAUUAAGAUCAUGUUUUCAAUUCAACUGGUGACAUAAGAACAUAGGAUGAAAAAAUCCAUUGGUAUGGAUUACUCUAAACUGUUUCAGUGUGGUAUAUUUCGAACUGUAAAGAGCUGAUUUCGAAUUAAGAAUUUUUAACAACGUGAGCUACAUUUUCAUUUGUCAAGCAGUUUUUCAUAAAAGUAUAACAUUUUUACUCAAUGGUGAUAUCAAAAUGAUGCAUCGUAAACUUUCACAUGUUUGUAACACUGUAUAUACAAAGAGUGUGCACAAUUUCGGAUAUUGGUGUACUCAUUUGGUAAUACUUUUCGGAUUUCUAUUUCAUACAGCAUAUGGAGGAAGUAAUCUCCCUCUACUAUCAGGUACAUUAAGGACGUUCCAAGUGCAUGCAUGUGAUGGGAAUGAAUUAAAAAUAGAAUGUUGGCCUAAUACAGUGAUCAAUAUUUAUUUGGCCCAAUAUGGCCGUCAAGUGCCCUCACAUCAGCUUUGUCCGCCUGAAGACGUCACCGAUGGAGCUUUAUCUAGCCUAAACGAUACCACCAAUUGCUUAUCUACGCAUGCUCUUAGGUAUGAUUUCUUGCAGACUGUGGAGGAGUCGUGUAGAGAACAAAGGAUAUGUAAAGUCAAGACUUCCCCACAGACCUUUGGGAAUGACCCCUGUCCUGGGGUCAGGAAGUAUGCAGAAGUUGCUUACAAGUGUAGACCAAAUGUCUUCUCGAACAAAGUUGUUUGCGAAGGAGAGAGACUUCGUCUAAGGUGUCACAAGAAUCUCCGAAUUGUUAUAUAUUCGGCGGCCUUUGGUGCCACCCAUUACGGAGUCCCUGAGUGUCCGCAGCCUGAAGGAGAAGGGAGAAUAGAAGAUUGCCAAGUAAGUUAUGCAACAGAAGCUGUGAUGAGUAGCUGCCAUGGGCGUCGAAAGUGUUCUAUCGGUGCUGAUGUUGGGACGUUUGGCAAACCUGGAUGUCCUACAGGCACAAGACUAUUUUUAAAAGUUGUACACACUUGUGUUCCUAAAGAAAUUCUAAAAGAUCUGGAUAUAGGAGGUAAUGAUGACAGCAAAGACCAAGAUGACAGUGAUUAUACCGGUUUUAUUGAAGAACCUAGGUACGUACCACCAGCAACGAUGGGACCUCUUCUGGAAGCUAGCCAACCUCCAAUCAAAGGGACGCCAACACUAAAACCACAACUAGAAGAAGGAGUUACAAAAUUGGACGUUCAACAGACAACAGUCAAGACAGAUAUGCAGAGCGAUGAAAAUUCUGGUGAGGAAGGGGAAGCCAACAGCACCAACCUGGAGGGGGAUCAGAAAGUGAUAGGUUUCUUCACAGAAUGGGUUUCCGCUUACAACUUCAUAAAAGAAAAUAAAGAAAAAUUCAUUUUGUAUCUGACGCUAAGUCUCAGUCUUGCACUUCUUGUGGUCUUUGUGAUUCUUACAACAAAGUUCUACAUGCGUCGUUCCAGACGGUUGCGCGAAGCAAGAGGUGCAGCAAACAAGCCGCCAAUACCUGACACACCACCUGGCAGUGGUGGGAUCAGUCCUUUUGGUGAAGAUUGCACGGACCUUGACCACUUCGACAAUCCAGCUAGAGACUCUGGUGUUGAAGUUGUUAGAUUUGCAACAAGAUCUUCACUUAGAAGAGCUCAACCCAUUGAGGAUGAUGACUGUAGUUUUCCAAGAGCGCCAGUCAGAGCUCAGAACAACUAUUACUACAGUUAACCUCAGGAGCAACCUACAUCUUUUGUUUACAUAUGUGGUUCAAAUUCAAAUCGAGACUGUCUUCUUACAACGUCGAUACAGAAGAAGCCUUCAUUUAAUAGUGAAAUUUUAAAAUUCUGAGUUGGUAAUAUAUUUUUGUAAUAAUCGACUGAAUAAGCCUUUUUGUUACAACCUGUUCGAAGUGGUGAAUCUAGUCAUUGUUUAUUUUGGACUACUGAAUAAGCUCGAGGUUCUUUGUUACGCAUGGAACUCGAAGUUUGGAAUACUUGCUAAAGUACUUGACAACAAGCUUACGAUUUCUCGCAAACAGCAGUUUUAUGUGAUUUAAAAAAACUGUUGAGGGUUGUUGUUGUAGCUAUAGAGUAAGCACUUGUUAAAGUAUUUUAAAAAGUUCUCUAAACUUUAUCCAUUGAUGAUAACAAGAAUAGGCUUAGAAGAACAUCUAACUUAGUCUUUAAAUAAAAAUAAAAAAUAAUUAUGUAAACAGCAGUUUUUGUGAACAGUUUAAAGGUAUUUUUUAUUUUUUAAAAGUGAAGUGUAAGUAUUGGCAUAAUGAAAAGUGGACACAUGUUAGGGCGUUUGAAAUACAGUAUUAAAGGCAGCGCCAUAAGGGCUAUAAAUUUAGUUAGAAUGAAGCACUACACGCUGAUUAACCAGUUCACGUUAGGGCAUUUAAUGUGAAUGUUAAGUCAAGCUAAGAAGGAAGUGAUUAGAGCAAAGCGACAUGACUAUUGUACUUCUUGGUAGAAGGUGUUUGCCCUUUGCUCAUGUCAGACAUGUUACUCAUGUCACAAAUGCAAUAUAACUUCACAUUUACGCUAAACAAAAACUGGAUAAUCAGUAGUUCUUUGGAAUCCGUGAUAUAUUCCUAUUACCUUAAUUAUGAAAGGUGACGUUGCUUUUACUAAUGUAUUUCUGGUACUGACGGGAGAGCCCAUUUGAUGAUAUUACUUAAUCAUGCGAGCAUCCCAUUGCAAAGUCGCUUUUACCGAAUAUAUUUUUCUUUGUAUUGAUCUUUGUUUUGUAAUAAUUUUAUUUCAUAUGUAUAUUUUUAAUUUUUGAAACGGGUACUUUUGAACAAGAGCCGCUGCAUCUAAAUAACCUGGAAAAGGUGUUGAUUUUACCAUUAAGAAAGUUUUGGAUUUUAAUAUUUAUUGUGUGAGUCAAUUAUUAAAUUAAUUGCGUGAAUUUAAAUACAUAAGAAAUUUCAAUGUCAGGAUUAGGUAUAACGUUGCUGUUUAGCUACAAUUGCUUGAACUUCACAGUGCAGAAAUGUUAAAUAAGAAAAACUGAAAAAUAAAUUACCAAUUAUAGGAUUUUUCAAAAUUUGGAGAACUUUAAUUUUAAGUUUGUGAAUGAAUUAGGUAACUCGGAGCUAUGUUAAAAUAUUUGUGGUUUUGAAGCUACAAUCAUCAAUAUAUAUAAUGA